AACAGCUGGUAAUUGUCUAAAAUGUACAAUGGCAUUACGUGUUUUUUUACGAUUUGCCUUUGAAAUAUAUUAUUGCAAUACACGAUGAAAUCAAAAUUAUCAACAAUCGCUAGUUCUAACGCUUUAUCAGUGGGUAAACGUUGUUUAAAUCACAUCAGUCAUGUUAUUCUUAGGUAGAUCUACCAAAACAGAAACCAUGAAGAGUGCUUGGAAAAAGAAAAUUGAGAUGAAUAUCCUCCUGGAUCGUUGUAAAACCGUGGUAAUUCUAUCGAGUGUUGUGUGUAUGUUUGCUGCUGUUAUAACGUUGCACAAGAUCUUGAGCCAUGAUGUGAAACUUAUCAAACCGUUUGCGCCCAUACCAGCUGGAUUAUACGGAAACUAUUUGGAGCCAUUUGUAGGAGAACCUCCACCUUCUCAACCUAAAUCAUACGACAAAGCGCGAGAUGCGGAAGCUGUCGUGUCUUUAAACGCAGCUUUGGACAUGAAAAAACACGGAAAAACUGAUAAAGCAUUGAAACUAUUUCAACACGCAUUUGCAUUGUCACCGAAACACGCCGAUAUACUCAACCACUAUGGAGAGUUUUUGGAAGAUACCAAGAAGGAUAUCGUUAAAGCGGACCAACUGUACACGUUAGCCUUAACCAAUUAUCCAGAUCACAGAGGAGCACUGACAAACAGGCAGCGAACCGCGAGCAUUGUUGAGAAUUUAGAUCGCGAAAUGUUACGAAAAAUUAACGAAAAGCGAGAUGCAUUAUUAUCGAUACCAGAAAAUGAUUCUGCUUUAUGUAGAGCUAAGAAAGAAGCUUAUUUUCAGCACAUAUACCAUACUGUUGGUAUUGAAGGAAAUACAAUGACGCUACAACAAACGAGAAGCAUUUUAGAGACGAGAAUAGCAGUAGCCGGUAAAAGCAUUGAUGAACACAAUGAGAUAUUGGGUUUGGAUGCUGCGAUGAAGUAUAUAAAUGCUACAUUAUUGUAUCGAAUGAGAGAUAUUACAAUGGGGGAUAUAUUGGAGAUACACAAGAGAGUCUUAGGGCAUGUAGACCCAGUGGAAGGGGGGCAUUUUAGAAGGACACAAGUGUAUGUUGGUGGUCACAUACCUCCAGGACCUUCAGAGAUACAAGGUCUGAUGAAACAGUUCUUGGAAUGGCUUAAUUCUGAAGAUGCUUUGGAGCUUCAUCCUGUGAGAUAUGCAGCUCUAGCACACUACAAGCUAGUCCACAUCCAUCCGUUCAUAGAUGGUAACGGCCGAACCUCUCGGCUGCUCAUGAAUUUGCUGCUCAUGCAGGCUGGCUACCCACCAGUGAUUAUAGCCAAGCAACAUAGACAUUUGUACUAUCAACACUUGCAAACUGCUAAUGAGGGAGAUGUUAGACCAUUUGUCAGAUUCAUAGCACAAUGUACGGAGAGGACAUUGAACCUGUACUUGUGGGCUACAAGUGAGUACAGUCACAUGGUGCCCGCCAUCGGAGAGCCGCACAUAUUGACCGGAGAAGGCUUUGAAGAUCUGCUGUAACUACACUUGUAUAGAAACAAACGUAAAGCAUAUCAAAACUGCCUGUUUAUCUAUGAAAAAAGUUUCAUUUUUUUGUUACAUGAUUUUUGAUUAAUUUAAAAAAAACCUCCUAUUUUGAGUCUUAUAAUUAUUAUCCUUGUGUAUGAAGGGGUUAACUUAUUAUUUAUUGAUAAUAAUCAAGAGCAUUUAACAGGAUAUGACUCUAAUGAAUUGUCAUGUGAAUGUUUACCUUUUGCAAUGUUAUGAGUUAUAAUAUUAUGUAAACUUGUCUAUAAAUCCUUUUCUUUGUAUAUAAAAUUUUCCAAUGUUUUAUUUCGCUUAUUUAUGUUUCUGAGAUGUAAACAAAGAAAUGUUGUGACCUAUUUUAUCUGUACAUCCCAAUGUUAUUUCAGUCAAAAAUCGUAUCGCCUAUUAUUACUAUAACAUCACAAAAUAAGUUAAUUAUUGCCUAACUUCGUCGUUUUGACGAGUAAAAAACUAGUAAGUAGUAUGUAAUUAGUAAAAUUGUUUAAUUAAUUAUUCCUGUCAUAUAUCUUAUACCUAUGAGGUAAAUUAUAUUAUUGUUAUUUAUGCAGUGAAUUAGUAUUAUUAUCCUUGUCUUGAUAUAAUUUAUGUGCGGGCGGGCUCGUGAAAAAGCAUACCUAACUUAUUCAGUAUUUGAUAUACCUAUUUCUGAAAUUUAUAUAAAAGUGUAAAUUAGAAAUUUAUUAAUUUUGACUCUCUAAAUUUAUUAUUAUAAUAGUAUCUCACCGAUAGUGUUUUACGAAGUACUGUUACUAUUCUACUCUACUCUACUUCAACUGUGAGUGGUGUGUAAAUAUUGUACAAUUGUAUAGUUAGUACUGUAAUACUUAUUGAUGUUUAAUUUGUAAUUUUUCUGUGAUGAUUUAUUUAUUAUGUGUUUUAAUUUUUAUUACUUAGUACAUAAUUUCUGUGUUAGCUUAAAACGUGCCUAUUAAAAUUUAUUUAUAUAUAGUUGUAAUGUCUGAAAACGCAUUUAUUAUAGUGCAAUACCAUCUCGUUCAAAAACAGAAAUAUUGUCUUCCAUUUUUAAACUGAUUCAUUUCCAUACUUCAGUGGGUCUUAUUAAAUUAUUGCAAUUUCA